AUGGAGCAGAAGCCUCCAGCCUACAAAGCAGCAGCAGCAGCAGCAACAGCAGCAGCAGCAGCAGCAGCAGCAGCAGCAGCAGCAGCAGCAGCAGAUAACACAAGACACAAGAAAUACCGAAAAAUGGCCAAAGAAAAGGCGAAAAAGGGCAGCCAAAGGCGCAGCAGCUGCGCAGCAAAAGAAAGGAAGCAGCAGCAAAAGAAAGGAAGCAGCAGCAAAAGAAAGGAAGCAGCAGCAAAAGAAGGAAGCAGCAGCAAAAGAAGGAAGCAGCAGCAAAAGAAAAGAUGA